AUAUAGAGCACUUCACUAAACCAAAAGAAAUUAAAAUAUCUCUCUUUAACAACUUCUCCACUUUCUCUCCCCACCACCACCAUCCACCACCCACCGUCGGAGAAAAAAAACAACCACCACCAUGACCUCCAAAGACUGUGGUUCCCACAGCCACUCUCGCCGGAAACUAAUCCGGCGAAUAAUAUGGUCAAUAAUCAUCUUCCUCUUCAUAAUCUUCCUCACAAUCCUUCUCGUUUGGGCAAUUCUCCAACCUUCAAAGCCACGUUUCGUCCUCCAAGACGCCACCGUCUACGCCUUCAACGUCUCCGGCAAUCCACCGAACCUCCUCACCUCAAACUUCCAGAUCACUCUCUCUUCCCGGAACCCUAACGACAAGAUCGGUAUCUACUACGACCGCCUUGACGUCUACGCUACUUACCGGAGCCAACAGAUCACUUUCCGAACAUCGAUCCCUCCCACGUAUCAGGGUCACAAAGAAGUCAACAUCUGGUCGCCGUUUGUCUACGGAACCUCCGUCCCCGUCGCUCCGUUUAACGCCGUUGGUCUUGACCAAGAUCAAGAUAACGGUGCCGUUAUGUUGAUCAUUCGUGCUGACGGUAGGGUGAGGUGGAAGGUUGGGACUUUUAUUACCGGGAAGUAUCAUCUCUACGUCAAGUGUCGGGCUUAUAUAAACUUCAAUAAUAAAGCUGCCGGAGUUAUCGUCGGAAAUAACGCCGUAAAGUAUACGUUUCCCGAUGGCGGUGGUUGUAGUGUUAGUGUCUGAGACGGCAAGGGAGGAUAAAUAAGGUAACUAAUUAACGUCUACUUUUGUUACCCACUAGUGAUGUGAAUUGUACAUUUUUGCUUAUACAAACAGAGCAAAUAUUACAGAUUCGUGAUGUUGUUGUUGUAAUACGAUCUUUAAUAAUUUCAUUAUGUAUACUUUUUUUCUAUUAUAGUUGGAUUAUAAA